UCCCACAAGUAAUUAGAAGCGGACAGUUACUGUUGCCGUGUAUAUGACAACGUUAGAUGGUCUACGAAAGCUGUAGGCCGGGACGAAAUCGACCUUAGCUACACUAGACGGGUCAAUUUUCUUGUUUCGCCAUCGGCGUGGACGUUCUGAAAGUGUUUCACAGCUGUCCGACAAUAACUCUACCAAACGCAAGAAUAUGGACCCGGAUGUCUCUGACUUUGGAACGGAGAAUGUCGAUUUCUUUGGACAGGACUCCAGAAAACCAAAGCCUAACAAGCGCCCCAGGAAAAUCCCGAAAAUGUUGACCUUUGAUCCCCAGCUCACCAGGGAGAUGGAACAAGCACCGUGCCUAUUUUCCCGCCAGGAUAGCCUUGAUGACCACAGAGUGCCCUCCCUUGGAAAUAUACAGAAAGUUCCGUCCCUCUCUGAAUCGGAGAUGUCUGAUGAAGGUUCAGACAUUCCCACAACCCCUCAAGUUCCACCUCUUACGCCAGGAUCCAACCAGAAAGUGUCCCAAGCCUUCCUUGAGUGCUUCAAAAGUUUUGACAUAGACAUGCAGAAAUACAAUAUUCCAAAAGAUCCCCUCCAGUGGAGUGAGAUACAAGUGGUGCAGUGGCUUCAGUGGGCAGUCAAGGAAUUCAACGUCCAGGGAAUCAGCAUGGGUAACUUUGCUAUCAACGGUCAGCAGAUGAUAAAAAAUGGCAAGGACGAGUUCCUCAAGCUUGCACCACCCUACAUGGGAGACAUCUUGUGGGAACAUUUACAGGAGCUUCAGAAAGAGGUUGCCCAAGAGAGGGCGUCACUGUGCAAUGUCCCGCCCAAUUAUAGUGAGCCUGUUUGCAUGCCCGACUUUGGUGAACACUUCCUGCAACAAGGUUAUAACCGAAGUGAGAGUAAGAUUGCAACCUCUCAACCUUCUACAAACCAGGGAUACCUGGAAAAUAAAUGUACCUACGGUCAGAUCAGCGAAUCUAUGCAGGCGUUGAAUGACAUCAAUAGUGACAAUAUUGUGAAUGGCAACAGUUUUGACGAUUCCUCAGAUUACCAGCGAUUGGAACACAAUAGUUACUACGAUCACAGCCCUGAAUUCUAUCCCAUAAUUCCAGAACAGAAAUACCGCCCAAAUAUUCCACCUCCAGAAAAUAUGUGUCGAAAUCAGUACAUGCGACAAGACAGUCUCCCUCACGACAAUUAUUACGACCAACAGACGUUCCACACGGUGCCAAGCAUCAAACAAGAAUGUCCUUGGUCACCACAGGAUUGUGCUGGUCAAGACUGCAAUGAAAGCUGGCAGUCUGCUGACCUUCGGUCAAGUCUGUCCAGUGGGUACCGGUCACUUCAGUCAUCGCCGACCAAUGUCUACUGCGAUGGAAAACCCAUGAUUCAGGCAGCAGCCCUUGCUGGAUAUUCUGGAAGUGGUCCUAUACAGCUUUGGCAGUUUCUACUGGAGUUACUCACAGACAAGACCUGUGAACAUUUCAUAAGCUGGACAGGAGAUGGAUGGGAAUUCAAACUUUCCGACCCUGAUGAGGUCGCUAGAAGAUGGGGCAUUCGUAAAAACAAGCCGAAAAUGAACUAUGAGAAGCUGAGUCGAGGGUUGAGGUAUUACUACGACAAACACAUCAUCCACAAGACAGCUGGCAAACGCUAUGUGUACCGAUUUGUUUGUGAUCUGCAGAGUCUUCUUGGUUAUACCCCAGAGGAACUGUUCGAAGCCUGUGAUAUCAAGCCUCAGGCAGACAAGGAUGAUGAGUGAGCUAGUCAAAGUUAUCAAGAGGCUUUGAAUUAAAAUUGUUACCAAAAUGGUCUACUGCUUUAUCAGAGACCUGUCUUGUGACCAAGGUCAAAGGUCAGAAGCUAAGGCAGUUUACAAGCCUUUCUGUGAUUGGUCAGCUCAAUGACCUGCUUGCGUCAGACCUGUUUGUUCCUUUGAUUGACAAAUGAAAGAGCUCUGAAGAAGGGGAGUUAAUCCUUCCUUUGAAAAUGUAAAUGGAGAUGAGUUUGAAAUUGUACCUGGAUGGAUCAAAUCUUCAUAGAAAAUGAGCAGGAAAAGCAAAGACAUUGUAGAGCAGAUCAGCCUGCAGGACUGACAGAGAAAGAUUAAAAAACUGGAUUCCAAUUUGAAUGGUCUGUUUUAGAACAUGAACAAGUCUGGACAUAUUAUCUUGAAAGCUUUGGUUAUGCAUAAUCCAUAGGUGUAUGGAGAAGUUGGAAAAAAAUUUACAGUUUUGUAAUGAACAGUAAAAGCUUGGGAAUGGAUGAAAGUGAAGGUACAGAAUGGAGAAAGAAUUGGCAUCAAUUUGUCCUAGAGAUCUCACUAAUAACAAGGAGGGCAGUCCUUCUUGAUAUAUUUGUUUCUUAAAAAUGAAACAAAAUUAUUUAAUAAUAUUUGUCCUAGUUGUUACGUUUUGAAGUAAUUGGUCAGUUUAGAAGCAGAUGUUUCCUUCACUGUCAAGUACAGAAACUUUGUUGUACUUUGUAUUGUUAUCAAGGUGAAUUAAAUGUGAUUUAUCCCUUGGGGAGCCUCACUAGGCUCUCCCUUAAUGCAUCACUGCAGCUAUUUCAGAUAUGUGUACAAAUUACAUAAUGUUACAUUUGUUACAUAAAAUGUUUAAAUUUAUAUAUAUUAAAGUCAUAUUUUCAAUAUUUUAAUACUAUUGUUCACAUGCUUUUCAGUAAAAACUGAAAGA